AUGGAUCACGCCAUCUGUCUCCGGAAUAUCGAUAUCAACAAAUCUAUACAUCAUGGCUCCCACCCCCAGAAUAACGGUUCCAACCGACUUCUUCUCAUCAGUGUACCCCGCACUGCCUCCAAUCUUCUCCUGAAGAUUUUGAAUAUCCCCAAACAACCAAAUGUGAUCACCAGCCCUAAGGGCGGCUACUUCUUCUACGAUGCCUUCAUGACAACUGGCAAAGACGGUCGUCUCAACAAGCCUCUGUCUGAAUGGACGGCAAACGACAAGACAGAAGUCCGAGAUGCCUUCCAACACGCCGUGGACGACCUGGAAGAGUACUCCGCCAAGGCACGGGCCGAGAACAAAACCAUGUUCGCCAAAGAGCACGCCUUCUGGUUUGUCAACCCGGGAUUUUUCUCCAGCAUGACCCACGGCGCCGUAGACGACCAAGAUCUGCAAUCUUUCGAGGUAUCUAUGCCUGAAACCUACGGGUCCUCGCGUACGUUCUCUCCAAAUAAUAAGACCGUCCUGCCGGAUGAGUACCUACGCACCUGGCAGCUGGCUUUCAUUAUUCGCCACCCGGCUCUAGCAUGGCCAUCGCUGUAUCGUGCGAUGGAGAAGAUGUCCAAGGCAGGGUUCCUGGAUGAUGAUGGCUUGAAGGGAGUUAAAAUUUCGAACAUGAGCCUGCAGUGGACGCGCAAGUUGUUCGACUGGUGUCUCGAGCAGCCCGAUGCGCCCAUCACCCCACUGGUCAUCGAUGCCAAUGAUGUUAUUCACAAUCCCGGUGCUGUAAUUAAGUUCUGUGAGCGGGCUGGUCUAGAUACUGCGUCUAUGCAGUUCGAGUGGAAUGGGAAUGAGAAGAAGUCUGAGAACUGGACUCCUGACCGGGCGAGUAUUGGGAACCCCGAUGAGUUGGCUCGACAGAGAUCUGCUGCUUCGAUCAUGCUGUCUACUCUGGAGGACUCGAAUGGUAUCGUCAAGGAUAAGGCGCCCAAGUCCAUUGAUAUUGACGCUGAGGUUGCCAAGUGGAGGGUUGAGUUCGGCGAUGAGACUGCUGAGCUUCUUGAGAAAGCUACGCGCGAUGCUAUGCCUGAUUAUGAGUACCUCAAGGCCAACAGGGUUACGGUAUAA